AUGAAGUUCUCCAAGAGCCUCGCGCUCAUUUUCGGGCUCCUGCUCGUGGCUGGCGCAGCCGUUCCUGGUGCGCCGGCUUUCAUCGGACACAAGGACAAGACGUUCAAGUCCGGCGCCGAGGUGUCCGAGUUCCAGGCCGAGGUCUCUCGCCUGAUGGACAUCAUCAUCAACUCGCUGUACUCCAACAAGGACAUCUUCCUUCGCGAGCUCAUCUCCAACGGAAGCGACUCCCUCGAUAAGAUCCGAUUCCUCUCCCUCACCGACGAGUCCGUUCUCGGGGCCGGCGACGACGCCAACCUCGACAUCAGGAUCAAGGUCGAUAAGGAGAACGGCGUGCUGUCCAUCCGCGAUCGCGGCGUGGGCAUGACCAAGGCGGAGCUCAAGGAAAACCUGGGCACCAUCGCCAAGUCCGGUACCUCCGCGUUCCUCGAGCAGAUGCAGAAGGGCGGCGACAUGAACCUCAUCGGACAGUUCGGCGUCGGUUUCUACUCCGUCUACCUCGUCGCCGAUUUCGUCGAGGUUCGCUCCAAGCACAACUCCGAGGAUAAGCAGUGGAUCUGGCAGUCCAAGGCGGACGGCGCGUUCGCAAUCUCCGAGGACGAGGGCGAACCCCUCGGCCGCGGCGUCGAGAUCAACAUCUACCUCAAGGAGGAGGCCCAGGAGUACCUCGAGGAGGACAAGCUCAAGGAACUCGUCGAGAAGUACUCCGAGUUUAUCAACUUCCCCAUCUACCUCUGGAACAGCGAGGAGGUCGAGGAGGAGGUGCCUCUCAGCGACGAGGAACUCGCCGAGCAGGCCUCCAAGGCUGAGGAAGAGGAGGAGGAGGACGUGGAAGAGACCGACGAGGACGACGAGUCCGCCGACGACGAGGACGACGAGGUCGAAGACGAGGACGAGGAGGAACUCCCCACGACCAAGAAGGUUAAGAAGACCGUCUGGGACUGGAAGAACGUCAACGAUAACAAGGCCAUCUGGCUCAGGUCCUCCACCGAGGUUGAGGAUGACGAGUACUCCAAAUUCUACAAGGCUCUGUCCAAGGACGACAAGGAGCCCCUCUCCUACACGCACUUCAAGGCCGAGGGAGACGUCGAGUUCAAGUCGAUCCUGUUCAUUCCGGAGAAGCCCCCCCAAGACCUCUUCGACAACUACUACAACAAGGCUGCGGCGCUCAAGCUCUACGUCCGCCGCGUGUUCAUCUCCGACGAGUUCGAUGAGCUCCUGCCCAAGUACCUCUCGUUCAUCAAGGGCAUCGUCGACUCCGAUACCCUGCCCCUGAACGUCAGCCGCGAGACCCUGCAGCAGCACACCAGCCUCAAGACCAUCAAGAAGAAGCUCGUUCGCAAGGCGCUCGACAUGAUCCGCAAGCUCGCCGAGGAAGGGCAGGACGACGACGACGACGAGGCUGCAGACGCCGCCGCCGACGACUCCGCCGACGACGAGGAGACCAAGUACGACAAAUUCUGGAAGAACUACGGAAAGGCGAUCAAGCUGGGCAUCAUCGAGGACGCGUCCAACCGCACCCGCCUCGCCAAACUCAUGCGCUUCUACACCUCCAAGUCCCCCACCAAGCUCGUCUCCCUCGAGCAGUACGUGGAGCGCAUGAAGCCCGGCCAGAAGUCCAUCUACUACCUCGCGGGCGAGUCGCGCGAGGCGCUCGAGAAGUCUCCUUUCCUCGAGAAGCUCCUGCAGAAGGAUCUCGAGGUGAUCUACUUCACCGAUCCCAUCGACGAGUACACCAUGCAGAACCUGACCGAGUUUGACGACUUCAAGUUCUCCAACGCGUCCAAGGAUGAUCUCAAGUUUGGCGACGACACGGAAGCCGCCAAGGCUCGCCUGAAGAAGGUCAAGGAGGAAUUCAAGGACUUCACCAAGUGGUGGAAGGAGAUCCUCCCCUCCGAGGAGGUGGAGGCUGUGAAGAUCUCCAACCGCCUCGUCACCACUCCGUGCUCUGUCGUCACCAGCAAAUACGGCUGGUCCGCCAACAUGGAGCGCAUCAUGAAGGCGCAGGCGCUCAGCGACGACGGGCGCAUGGCGUACAUGCGCGGUCGCAAGACGCUCGAGAUUAACCCCGGCCAUCCCAUCAUCAAGGCGCUCAAGGAAAAGUCCGAAGACGACGCCGGCGACGAGGACACUAAGAGGACGGCGCUCAUCAUGUACGAGACGGCGUUGCUGGAGAGCGGCUUCAUGUUCGAGGAGCCCAAGGGCUUCGCCGGCAGGCUCUUCGACAUGGUCCGCCGCGACCUCGGCGUCGAGGCUGACGCCGAGGUGGAGGAGCCCGACGUCGAGACCGAGCCCGAGGCCGAGGCUCAGGAGGCUCCCAAGGAUGAGCUCUAGGCAUCAUCCCCAUCGAUCGACCGAGCAAGCGACGACAUCUUAUUAAUACCGGAAACGAUGCUAUUUCUUC